UUCCCUGUGCCCAGGACUCGUGGCACCGCGGCCAUGUCCCUGCCGGGGAGCAGACGCGCAUCCACCGGAUCACGAAGGCGCCCCUCGCCCCCCGGGAGGGACACCUACGGCACCUCCUCGCUGAGCAGCAGCAGCAAUUCUGGCUCCUGCAAGGGCAGCGACAGCAGUCCAUGUCCCUGCAGGCGCUCGUCCAAGUACAACCUCUGCAGUGACAACCAUGGGAUAAAGCCACCAACGCCGGAGCAGUACCUGACACCCCUGCAGCAGAAGGAGGUCUGCAUCCGGCACCUGAAAGCUCGGCUGAAGGACACACAGGAGCGGCUGCAGGACAGGGAUGCUGAGAUCGAGGACCUGAAGACACAGCUGUCCCGAAUGCAGGAGGACUGGAUCGAGGAGGAGUGCCACCGCGUGGAGGCCCAGCUGGCGCUGAAGGAGGCCCGCAAGGAGAUCAAGCAGCUGAAGCAGGUCAUCGACACGGUGAAGAACAACCUGCUGGAGAAGGACAAGGGCCUCCAGAAGUAUUUCGUAGACAUCAACAUCCAGAACAAGAAGCUGGAGACGCUGCUGCACAGCAUGGAGGUGGCGCAGAACGGGGCGCUGAAGGAGGAGGGGGCUGGCGAGUCAGCCGGGGGCGCCCCAGCGCGAUCCCUCACCCGCAGCUCCACCUACACCAAGCUGAGCGACCAGGGGGCCGGGGACCGCAAC